AUGACAACCCGAAAGAACCCCCCGGCGAUACCGGGCACACCGCCUGCCGUCGCCGCGGCACGAGAAGCUCAGGCGGCACCGGCGCCGGUGGUCCCCGCCGUCCCCGCUGGCAAACCACCUCAGGGUGGCAGCGGCGGUGGCGUGGGCGGCGAGGCUCCGGCGGUCAGAGCGAUCGUCGGCACCGCUGCCGCUCGCGGUUUCCUCACCUCGAAGAGAAAGAGGAGCCAGACUGCUGCCGUCCGGCCGUCGGCCAGCGGACCUUCUGGGGGAGCGCUGAACGCGCGGCGGCAGCAGCAGCCACUUCCGUCGUCGUUGCGUGGUGCCUCCUCCACCGGCGUUCCUGUCAGCACCUAUCAGGCGCAAAGCAAUUCAGGGGCCGCAGCGCCGGCAAGCGCAGCGACAGCAGCUAUCGGUUUGGGAAUUUUUGGGGGUGCGGCGGCGGCGGCGGCGGCAGGCUCCGGGCCGGCGAGAGCAAACGGAGGGAUAGCUGAACGGGUGGUGCCUGCUGAUGGGCAGGUGCGCGCAGCGGCUGGGCGGAGGCCGGCGGUAGCGGUACCGUCGUCGUGCCAGCCGGUGAAUGGUGCUCCACCCGCGGCAGGCAGUGUCGUCGUCGGCGGCGUCGGUGGUGUCGGCGGCGGCGGCGGCGGCGGCGACCUGAACAGACCGGACCUAGCCGCAGUCCAGCAGCGCCGGGUUGCCCAGCAAAGGGCCAUACCGACCCCGGUGGUGCCCAGCAGUUCUCCCGUCGCGGCCCCCGCCACUCCCGCGAGCUUUGCUACGACGUACCCCUCCGACGGCGCUCGGGCCGCGUCUCUGGCGUUAGGGGAUAGCUCUAGCGCGAACGCGGCCGCGAGCGCCCAAGACUCAACCCGCGGCAAGGCGGCGGUCGGAUCGCAGGGAGGAGCGAUCUCGACUGGAAAGGGCGGGGUCGAGCCCUGGGAUGAAGACGACCAGGACGGCGGGACCGCCUACGGGGGCGGUGGCGGCCAGGGGCGCGCCGCCGUUGGCGGCGGGGGCGGGGGCGAGGUUGUCGACCCGUGGGUAACCUCACCGUCGGGGAUCUUGAGCGCCGGCCACAGGGAGGACAUCGCCUACGAGGUGAAGGAGAAGGCCGUGCGGGCGGGGGAGGACACGGUGGUGCUUCUGCUGAGGAAAACGGAGGGAUUGCCGGAGCCUCUGGUCGGCGUCGAGUUCUCAAGCGUCCGGCUUUCCGUCUCCUUCGAGCGUCGCGACGACGCCAUUCUCUCUCUGGCCAGCCUCCUGUACCUGCACCCCCUCAAGUACCGGGUGCUGUCGAGCAAGCCUCCCUACACCAGGGGGUACACCAGUCUUGUCCCCGCCCCGUUCGUGGUCUCCGCCACAUCCCAAGGGCCUUUCGGGGAGGCCGGCCUCGAGGGCGGCGAUCUCAUCCUCGCCAUCAACGGCGAACGGUUCGGCGAGGAGCGUUCCCGCUGGUGGGAAAGCGCCACCACAGCAGCAGUCUCGCCGCCCCCACCGCCAAACGGAGAAGGUCCCGCCGCCGGAGACGACGGUGGCGGCGGCGGCGGGGGUGGGGGGGGUGGGGGCCCCGCGGUGGCACCGCCGGGGCGCGGAGGUGGCAAGGAGAACCGGGGCGGAGCGUCGAGACCGGGGCCGAGGAGGGUUGAACUGCCGUUCGUGGAGCUUAGGAUCCUCCGUGCCACGGGCGAGACGAGUAACACAGUCGCGCACGCCGAAAGCCUGGCGGCGCAGAAGGCUUGGGUUGCUUUCCGCCUGCUUCAGCAACAGCAAUCCUUGGUGGUCAACAACGUGCUGCCUCGGUUUCUGGACGAAUCCCCCCUCAGCAAACAGAACCUUGAGAGCAGGAACCAGGCGUUGGCCGACAGCCUCAAGGGAGACGCCGCUGAACUUUCCGCGAAGCUGGACCAGAGGAUGACUCCAGGGCUGCGAGGACAAAAGGGCCCGCUCACGCCUGUCGCGAGAAAGAUUACGGAGAGCGUGGCGAGAUUGAUGCGGGAGGUGGCUGGUGGGCCGUGGGGCCGGGCAGGAACGCUCUCCAAACGAUCGAAGCCGUCUCCCCCAAGUGUCUCACCAGGUAGCCGGGGUGGUGCGACGGUGCCACGUUCCGCGUCGCCACCAACCCCUUCCGCAUCCUUGCCGUCAUCCGCGCCGGAAACUCCGGCGCCCGCGCCCGUCGCAACAGCAGCUGCCUCUGUAUCUGCCGCGACUAGUGGAGGCGCGGGUGUUGUCGCCAAGGCUUUACCUAUGGGGAGGAGGUCGGCUUCGCCGCCCCAGGCCCCAGCUCGGACUCGUGCUACCGCUGCCGUUGAUGGUGCCGCCGUCCCUUCCGUCCCCGCUGCAAGCGGAAUCAUGGCCACUGCUGGUGUACCCGGCCCGCCGAUUAGAGGAGACCGCAACGUUGCCGAGGUACUUCCGUCGGCGGAGGCAGCAGGAGCAGUGGCAGGGCCGCCGAGGUUUGGCGGUGAAGCGGAGGCCGAUGGAGGAGAGGUCGAUGGCGGUGGUGCCGGCAGUGGCGAGAAGGGGGCCAGGGUUAGCGGGCUUUGCAAUCCCCGGUGCCUCGACGAGUUGCUGGACAGCCUGGUGGAGUACAGGGACGAUGAUGGCCGGCCUAUCCUAUACUUCAACGACAACAUCGAUUCCUUCAAGGCCGCCGUGGGCGGCCGUGAAGCCGUCAGUGACGACAUCCGGCUCCAAGACGAGUGGGACGAGCGAGAAAUGGCGAACCUUCGACAAGCGGGUAGCCGCCAAGCGGAGACCCAGGCGGCGGCGGAGAUACGUCUCUGGGGGUGCGAAACCGAUGCGGCGGGAGCUCCCACCGGCGCCGCUCCCUCCUCCGCGGGGCACCUAGGACGUGCUGCCACGGCCACGGGUAGCGGGGCAGCGGGGGGAGGGGCGACAGGCGGGGAACGAGUGGCCGGCGUCGAUGCGGACAACGCGCGGUUUGUGCCGUUCGAGCCAGCUUGCGAUGAGAACUGGCAGUUGGCUAUGCCGAUGCCGGCUGGCCGCAAGAUGGUGCGUCAACUGAUGUUCGUCAAUGGCGUCGAGGCCGACGAGCUCACGCUAGCUGAGCUACACGCAAGCGUUCUCUCCGAGGACGCCCUUAGCCUGGCCCAAGAAGGAGACACCGCCGCGCGCAAACACACGGCGGAGGCGCUGGCGGACGAAGCUCGGGCGAAAGAGGCCCGGGCGGAAGCGCUUCGAAGGCGCAACGAUCCCGAGGUGAAGGCCAAGCGCAAGGCGGCCGCCGAAGUCGCCGCCGCUGAGGUGGCAGAGCGGGCGGUGACAGAGGCCUGUCUUGGGCUUGUAGUGUGGGCCGAUCGUGCGGGCGAACCUUGGCCUUCGCUGAUCCAGAAAACCUUGCCACAGAAGCGAUGCCUCGUUCGAUACUUGGGUCCUGUGCGUGGGAGCUCCACCGAUGAAACCUCUGGCGAGGUGGACGUGUCGUCGUUGGCAAAGUUUCCGGGGGGGCUGCCGUUGUGCCAGUUGAUGGAAAAGAUAUCACCGCCGCUGACAGAGCAAGCCACGAAAGAGGAGAAGGAUGCGCACAUCCAUGACGAAUUUUUUCUCCCCGUCAACGCGGACAAAAAGGUGCUUCAGCUGGCCAUUGACCACGCGGUGCGUCUCUGCAUCGUUCACGGCUGGAAGCAAGGGGUCGACAUGGUCAACGUCAUCAAUGGUGAACCUCUCGAUGGGUUGGGACUGAGCAAAAAGAAGCGCGGCACUGAGAGACAGAGACGUAUAGAAAGGUUUUUGAAGCAUCCGAGCCAGUGGACGUCGCACGCUGACACCUGGAGCUCGUACGACAGGUUCCGAGUAAUGUUCAACGACAAGGCUGAGGAUGCAGACCCGCUGUGCUUGAAGCUGCGCACUGCCUGCUCCGGCAUAGAACAGUGGAUCAGGAGUACCCUCAACAGCAGUGGAGAACCUCCAUCCUCGACUCCUACAGCGAUCCCCGCAACCUGCGCUCCUGCGGCGGUAGCAUCUCAAGCUUCUGCCUCAAAAAGCACACGUGCACAGCCGACGGAAGGGUCGGCAGACGCUGCCGGAAUUUCAACGGGAAGCAGGAAGGCCACGACGACGCCGGUAGCCGACCCGAUAUGGCCAAAAACGUCAUCACGACCGAUCUCCCGGUUGCAAUCGGAUCGAGCAUCCGCAGAUGCUCGCGACUGCAUGACAAACGGUGACGAUGCAGAGCCUCACGACGGCCCCGGGAACCACUCCACGUCCGGUGAGGGCAAGGAGAGGAUGAAGGAAGGCACACAGCCGAUAGUACUGCCCCAAGAUUUCGGAGCCGGAACGGGAGUGGCGGGAACAGAGGGCUCGAGCAAUGAUGCGGACAGCCAGCUUGUCGGUACCGGGAAGGGCAAAGGAACGCCGGGGGCGGACAACGAAAAAGUGGCGAAAUCACAGAGCGACAGCACUUCAGACGCGGGGGCAGGCGCGACACAGGAAGAUGGUGCUGCCGGUGUGCACUCUCCAUCGGGUUUCCGUGCACGAAGCACGGGGGAAGAGCCCUACACAACUGACGAGCUGGUCGCCAGGCUAAACUUCUUGAGUGCGCAGUGUGGCCUGACGUUGGACGCGGCGCUCUACGACACGUUGAUCGGGCUGCGUGUCGACGUUGACAUAGCGAAGGCUUCUGGAGAAGACACUGUUGCCGCGGAACGCCCUGAGGUCGGCAAAGACAAGAGCGGUGCUGUGCCGAAAGGCAAAGGCAAGCCCAAGUCGCCGCAAGGGGGCGGAGAGAGCGAACACAAAGCCGGAGCCUCUGCGAAGGAUGUGGAUACGCACGUGGCUGACAAGAGCGUGACAACCACUCCCAUCGUGACGGCCGAACCAUCCAAUGUGAAGGGAAGGGUUGAACAUCCAGCUGAAGAGGUAGAUGAGACUGACGGCGAUCGAACAGCGAAGCCUCUCAGCGGCGGUGAGGAAGGCACCGUACUCCGCGCGGCCGAUGCCGCCAGCACUAGCGUGGUGGACGAACCGCCUCGGCAACCAACAGCGAAGGACCAGAACGAUUGUCAACCUAUUGGGAAGGAUGAUCGAACCAGUACUCGCACUGCUGCCGCCGAAGACGACGACGACUUCAGUUGUGGCGACAAUGGCGGCCGCGACGACCAUGUCGAUGACUCCAGUGACCACUUUCAUCAAGGCAACAAGGCGCCUCGAAGCCAGCCAUUGAACGCGCUCGAGCAAAGGCGAUACUGGGAAAGGCAAAAGCCGGCAAUGCCAAGCUGA